AUGUCUUCCCCCAUCACUGCGGCCCGCUACGGCAAGGACAAUGUCCGAGUAUACAAGGUCCACCGGGACGAGAAGACGGGCGUCCAGACCGUCGUCGAGAUGACCGUCUGUGUUCUCCUGGAGGGAGAGAUUGACACCUCUUACACCAAAGCCGACAACAGCGUCGUCGUCGCCACGGACUCCAUCAAGAACACGAUCUACAUCCUGGCGAAGCAGAACCCCGUGACGCCGCCGGAGCUCUUCGGCUCGAUUUUGGGCAACCACUUCGUGACCAAGUACCCGCACAUCCACGCGGCGCACACCUCCAUCGUCACGCACCGGUGGACGCGCAUGACCAUCGACGGCAAGCCGCACCCGCACAGCUUCCUGCGCGACGGCGAGGAGACGCGCAACGUGCAGGUGGACGUGGUCGAGAAGGCCCAAAGCAUCGGCAUCGACAUCCGCUCCUCGCUGGCCAAGCUGACCGUGCUCAAGAGCACCAACUCGCAAUUCUGGGGCUUCGUGCGCGACGAGUACACCACCCUGCCGGAGACCUGGGACCGCAUCCUCAGCACCGACGUCGACGCCACCUGGCAGUGGCAGCGAUUCGCCGGGAUCGAGGCCGUCCGCGCCGCCGUCCCCCGCUUCGAUGCCACCUGGGCCGCCGCCCGCGAGAUCACCCUCAAGACCUUCGCCGAGGAUAACUCGGCCAGCGUCCAGAACACCAUGUACAAGAUGGCCGAGCAGAUCCUCGAGCGGCAGCCCCUGCUCGAGACGGUGGAGUAUGCGCUGCCCAACAAGCAUUACUUUGAGAUUGAUCUGAGCUGGCACAAGGGUCUGAAGAACACCGGCAAGGAUGCCGAGGUGUAUGCGCCCCAGAGUGGACCCAAUGGUCUCAUCAAGUGCACGGUUGGUCGCAAGUCCAAGGCCAAGUUGUAG